GCGGGAAAAUCGCUCUUGGCAUUUGGUCCAAUGUAAACUACUUAAUUAGUUCAAGCGGAGAAAAUGGGGGGUAAUGAAGAAAAACUCCAAUGUGACCAGAACACAUCCAAAUAUGACGUAACAGCAUGGGGCUACCGUCACCAGCAAUGUCUGCUUCUGUUCUGCUGCUUCACCACCGCCUUCUCCAUGCGAGCCUGCAUGGGGGUCGCCCUGGUGGGGAUGGUGGACUCCGCAUACCCUGUGGCAUCGUUGGUCCAGAACUCUACAGACUCUGUCAAGGUCACAAAUGCAACUGAUGGCGGGAUCCUCCACGCGAUGUUGUUGGUACCACCGUACCCACAAUUCCAAUGGGACAAGAAGACGCAGGACAUAAUCCUGUCAUCAUUCUUCUGGGGCUACAUGCUGCUGCAGAUACCGGCUGGUCAGCUGAACCACAUGUUUGGCCCGCGAUUCAUGUUAACCAUGGCAUUGAUGCUCAAUGGAAUAACAGCAUUGCUGCUACCCUGGGCAGCUUAUUAUGGUGGAUGGAUCGCUGCGGCGUUGAUGCGUUUCGUCCAAGGUCUCGGUCAGUCGUGCAUAUUCCCGGGCAUGCACUGUCUAUUUGGCAAGUGGACACCGCUGGAGGAGAGGGGGCGACUAGCGGGAUGUGCUUAUGGAGGUCAAGCAUUAGGGCUAGUGGUGGGUCUGCCGAUCAGCGGGUACAUCGCGGCUUCCCCUCUCGGAUGGCCAGGAGUGUUCAGGUUCUACGGCAUCCUCUGUUGUGUCGCAGCCGGUAUCCUUUGGUGGAUCUGCGCGGACAGCCCCGCGAAGCAUACCAGUAUAUCCGAGUUGGAACGAAUGUACAUCGAAAAGAAUUUGGGGCAGUCCAGGUUCAAAAAGGUUCCCCCAGUACCAUGGUGCAGGAUACUGAGGUCUCGAGGUCUCUACGCGAUCAUGAUCGCUCACAUCGGCCAGAACUUCUCCCACGUCACCAUUUACUCCGAAAUCCCAUCGUUUAUGGACAAAAUCAUGCAUGUCAAUAUAAAAGCUAAUGGAUUGUUGACCGCUUUACCAUUCCUCUGCAUGUUCUUCGCGAAUUUCUUCUUCAGUUGGCUGACAGACAUAUUGAUCGUCAAGAAAAUAAUGAGCGUCACCAACACAAGAAAGCUGGCUAAUUCUAUAGGCAGUGUACCGGUGGCGUUGGGUCUGGUGGCACUAGCGUUGUCUCCAAAGGACAUCUACAUCGUAGAACCUUUGCUAAUUGCGAUCUGCUCCUUGAAGGUAGCCAGCCAUCUCGGAUUUCAGUUGAACCACAUCGACAUGUCGUCGAACUACUCCGGCACGCUGAUGAGCAUCACCAACUUCAUUUCCAACCUGUGCGCCUCCCUCGCACCCAUCACUGCCGGACUUAUACUUCAGGACGUGACAUCAGAGCAGCAGUGGUGCACGGUGUUUUACGUCUCAGCAGCGUUCCUGUUCUUCUCGAACCUCGGUUACGUGAUGCUGGGCACAUCAGAGAAACAAGACUGGGACAACCCGCAGGAGCCGAAGAAGGGGGACAUCAAUAAAUUUUCAGGUUGGGGCUACAGACAUCAACAAUGUUUUAUACUAUUCUGUUGUUUGACGACAGCGUACAGUAUGAGGGCUUGUAUGGGCGUGUCUCUGGUGGCUAUGGCUGACAGGGGUCCAAUUCUAAAAACAUCGAACUUUACAGAAAACGUGACAAACAUUCGCAUAGAAUUAAAUAAUACUAUGCCAGCAAAUCAAAUCCUGGAUGGUGGAAUUAUGCACUCGCUUUUAUUAACGCCUCCUUAUCCUAAGUUUCAAUGGAGUAAAAAGACUCAAGAUAUGAUACUGUCAUCAUUUUUCUGGGGCUACAUGCUCCUGCAAAUACCAUCGGGCCAGCUUGCAUAUUUCUUCGGUGCUCGCUACAUGCUGACGGGUGCGCUGGCUAUAAACGCAGUGGUGUCAUUCUCUUUGCCCUGGGCUGCACAAUAUGGUGGAUGGAUCUUAACAAUAAUAUUUCGAAUCGUGCAAGGGCUCAGCCAGGCGUGUAUUCUUCCCGGUAUGCAUACGAUGCUCGGAAAAUGGACGCACCUGGAGGAAAGGAGUAGACUCGCGGGAUUAGCUUAUGGAGGCCAGGCUCUCGGUACAGUACUAGGUCUACCUAUAUCUGGGUUCUUAGCUGCCUCAUCCCUCGGAUGGCCGGGAGUUUUUAGAUUUUAUGGAAUCCUAUCUGGAAUCGUCGCUGGGAUUUUGUGGUAUUUCGGAGCGGACACUCCAGCUAAGCAUACAAAAAUAUCUCUCGAAGAAAAAGCCUAUAUAGAAAAUAACGCAGGCUCGGGCGGUGGAAAGCGUCCACCCGUUCCAUGGAGCAAGAUCCUCCGAAGCAGGGGUAUGUACGCCAUCAUGAUCGCUCACAUCGGCCAGACCUGGGGCCAGCUGACUCUGUACGCGGAGGUGCCAGCGUACAUGGACAAAGUGAUGGGCGUCGACAUAAAAGCGAAUGGUCUGUUAACGGCACUGCCGUUUAUGGUGAUGUGGUUUACGAAUUUUUUCUUCAGCUGGUUCACCGAUCGACUCAUCGUGAAGAAAACACUCAGUGUUACCAACGCACGGAAACUUGCCAACUCUUUAGGUUGCAUUCCAGCCGCGGUGGGGUUAGUGGUGCUGGGUUAUGCCCCGAAAAACAUUUACAUAGUGGAGAGCAUACUCGUUGUGGUUUGUGGGUUUAAAGUGGCCAGCCAUGUCGGAUUCCAUUUAUCCCACAUCGACAUCUCGAACAACUACUCCGGCACCAUGAUGAGCAUCAGCAAUUUCGUCUCCAACUCCGUCGGCUCUCUCGCGCCCAUCGUGGCCGGCUUCGUCCUCACCGAUGUGACCUCCGCUUACCACUGGAGACGAGUGUUCUUCAUAUCGGCCGCGAUAUAUUUUGUGACCAACGCGGUGUACGUGCUGCUGGGGACGUCAGAACGGGCAGAGUGGGACAAAAUAGAAGAUAAAGUAGAAGAUAAGGAUGCUGAGGAUCCAGAAGAGAAGCAGAAGAUGAUUAAGAAGUAAAAGGUGUGACCGCAGCUAGCGGGGCGUCGGAGGUCGCGGGUUCGAAUCUAGAGAAAGGUUUUGAAUGUUCCUAAGUCAUAGAUGCUAUUAUACUGUACUCGGCGAAACGAGGCAAUACCGGUCACUGACCUUUUUAGUCUAUGCGUUAAAUAAAAAUGCUCGCGCUGUAUUUAGAAUAUUUAAGAAUAAAAUUGACCUCUUAUAAAGACAGAUAAUUACAGAGUUAUCGCAAAACCUCUUGGUAGCUCGAAUAAUUUGACGAACAGACAGACGGACUGACAGAAAUCGAAGUCUCAGUAACAG